CCCCCGCGUCAAAGAAUGGGGACCGUAACGAGCAGGCCUGCGGCUUGGGCUCCGAAACCAUCGAGCGCCAAACGCAGCCUUGCGCCGAACAGAGCGGCCGCCCACCGGCUAGGCCCAGCCUUGUGCAGGAGCUGGCCGCCCGCACGGGCUGCGCGGUGUCGGCCAGCGGGUCCGAGUCCGGCGCCUCGCCCUCGUCGAGCACGGGCGACGUGCCGCCUUUCGCGCCGGCGCCUUCGCCCGCGGGCUCGGCGCCUCCGUGCUCGUCGUACCUGCUCCAGCAGCUGGCCUCCAGCUGCUCCUUCCCCAACUCGCUGGACGGCGUCCAGAGCACGUGCCACAGCUCGCCCUGCGGCGGACCGGCGUCGUCCGCGGUGCAGCUCCGUUCGUCGCCGUCGGCGGCCGCCUCCUUCUUCGCCAGGGCAGCACAGCGGCUGAACCUGUCUUCGAAGCGACGUCGACGUCAUGGCGGCGGGUCGGCGACGGCCGACGGUUCCCAGUCGGCCGCGGAUGGUCCGGUGUUCGUGACCCGCUACGCGGAACUCCUGCGCGAUUCGCCGCCCGCCGUGCCCCCCGCACUGCUACGGGGCCUCAGCCGCAAGGACACCGGCCUCGGAAAGGUGAAAGUAAUGCUUCGAGUGUGCCCUGCUGCAUCAACCGUUGGCGAGGGCUCGUCGUCCUGCUCGACGCCGUCGCAUUCUCCGGCACACGAACCUGGAGCCACGGUCGGCGGCCCCUCCAGCUUCCUCCAACUGGAUUCGCGCAAGAAACAGGUGACAUUGUACGACCCUGCCGUAAGCGGCAGCUGCGGUGGCGGCGCUGACAGGGCGUCCUCGGGCGACGAGGCGACCACUCCGAGCUCUCCAUCCUCCGCGCCCGCCCGACUGACAGGCGUAGCGGCACCAAAGAUGUUCGCCUUCGACGCCGUCUUCUCGCAGGAUGCAACACAGGCGGAGGUCUGCUCCAGCGCCCUCACAGAGCUGGUGCAGGCAGUCGUGAACGGAACGGACGCCUGCCUCUUCGUCUACGGACCGGCCGGACUCGGCAAGACGUGGACGAUGCUGGGCAGCGGCUCGGCGCAGGAGCUGGGCGCCGUCCCGUGCGCGGUGUCCUGGCUCUUCCGGCUCAUCGACGAGCACAAGCAGCGCACGGGCGCCCGCUUCUCGGUGCGCGUCUCGGCCGUCCAGGUGGCCGGACGCUCCGAACACCUGCGGGACCUGCUCGCCGAACAGGCCAACGGCACCGAGGGUUCCGGCACGGCGCCGGGCCUGUACCUCCGGGACGACCCCAUUUUGGGAACCAAGCUGAUGAACUACAGCGAGCUGCGCGCCCCCACGGCCGAGAAGGCGGCCUUCCUAUUGGACGCCGCCGUGGCCGCUGCGGCGGCAGCCAAUCAGAGGUACGAGUCCGAGAGCCGGAACCGUCACUUCCUGUUCACGCUACACGUCUACCAGUACCGGGUGGACAAGAGUGGGAGAGGAGGAGUGGCCGGAGGACGCAGCCGGUUGCACCUGUUCGACCUGGGCAGCUGCGAGCGGGGAACCAAGGCUGGCGGGCCUCUCAGCCUGUCCGCUCUGGGAAACGUCAUCCUGGCACUGUUCAACGCCCAGAAGAGGCUGCCCUUCCGGGAGUCCAAGGUGACGCAGCUGCUGAAGGAGGCCCUGGGCAGCGUCACGUGUCGGGCCGCCAUGAUCGCCCACGUGUCCCCGCUGGCGGCGAACUACGCCGAGACGCUGGCCACGAUACAGCUGGCGUCCAGGGUGCACCGCAUGAGACGCAAGAAGCUAAAGUACGGCUCGACCAUGACCAGCGCCGCGGCGGACGGCGUGGACGGCGUGUGCCGGCCCUUCAUGCGGACCCAGGCACUGAACGAGGAAGGCUCGUCGGGCCCGCGGUCCGGCAGCUCGGACCCGGAGUACACGUCGAGCAGCGAGCAGUCGUGCGACACGGUCAUCUACGUGGGCCGCCACCAGGACUUCACGGACAACGAGGGCCCGCCGCCCGCGCUCGAGGCGGUGCUGUCGGCGCCCACGCCCCAAAACUCGCCCGCCAGGACCGCGACGGCCAAGCCUCCGGAGUCCCCCGCGCGACACGGUGCCAGUGCCUUAGGACCGGCGGUCGCCAGGCCGGAGACGUCGGCGACCUCAAAGUGCGCCGCAGCGAACCGCGAUGCCUGCUCGUCUCCCAGCGCCGCAGAGAGCCACGGCAAGGCGCAUCACACGCUGAAGAAAAGCCACCGCGGCGGCGGAGCCUCCGCCAAGGAUCCGCCUAUGACGUCAGCGUCAACGGCGAGCCAGGACGCAGCGGCGGCGUCGGCCGCCGGUGGCGCUAGGCGCGCCAGCGACGAGCUCUGGAUCGACGGUCCGCGCUUCUCGAAGCCCCGCUUCGACUCGCGCACCCUGGAGCAGCUGCAGAAGGAGCAGUGGGUCGACGGCCCCGCGGUGGCCGCCGCCGUGUACGGCUACAUGGACGACCACAAGAAGAACAUGGUCGAGCGCUGGGUGCAGGAGCACUCGCGCUACUCGCAGAGCCCCAAGGGCGCCAAGAAGCACCGGCCGGCCUCGUCCAGCAGGACCGAAGCCGAGCCAAGUCCUAAGUCGACGCCAGAGCACAGAAAGACGAGGACACACCACGAGCACCACUCGAAGAGGAGGACCUCGCCGGAGAGGUGUCACGUGAACGGCGGAGCCUCCAAGGAACACCACGAGCGUAGGACCGCGCACGACGCUUCCUCGUCGGAGCAGCACGCCAAGUCGUCCAAGUGCACCCCCACCAAGAGAGACCAGGGUCAGAACACGACACGAGAGGAGGUCGCCACCUGCCAGGACGUCCACAUGACGCCCGCCGAAGAGGAACAGCCAGAGUCGCCCGUGCAGAUGCAGGACUGCUGCCUGCAGGUCACCGAAGAAGACAUCCUCGCCGCGACGUCUGGCUGGACCACGGCCAAAGACGAGAACCCGCUGCCCGAAGUGGACCAGGGAAGCAGCAAGAACGGAGCUGGCGGCGGAAGUCAGGAGAGCCAUCCGCUCCGUGUACUAAGCGACGACGGCCUCAACUUACCGUCCUCCUUCACGGACUCCAGGUCCGUAAGCGUGGACCUCAACCACGUCGUCGGCGACGACGCCGAGAUCUUGGGACACGUCUACGGGGGCCUGACCUGGAAGCUCCUGCAGGGCACCUUGCUUCAGCGUCGCCGGGAGCGUCAUCAGAGGCUCUACGGAGACGACAUGAGUGUCGGCGUCAAGGGAGACGUGCUCACCGAGAAGUUGGAGCGCAUCGCCAGGCUCCGAAAGUUGACGUCGCCAUACUUCGACAACAACAACGAGCGGAUACCGUCCCUGCUCAUAAUGCGCAGCGGAACAUCCAGCCCCACGGGAGGCCGCUACGGCAGCCUUCCGAACCGGAAGCAGCGGAAGGACCUGUGCGACGACCACGACGGCUCCACGGACGACGGCAGCAACAGUGACUGCGCGGACGUCACCAGCACCAAAAGCGAACCGGCCGACUUGGACGCGGACAGGUACGACAUCCAGAGGUUGAACAUCAAGCCCAUGAACGGUCUAAAAUUGGAAGCCUUCUACAACCGCAUCCAGAAGUCAAACUCUUCGCUCGCCGAGAGUCAGGACCUGUCACCGCCCAAGCUGUCGCCCCAGGGCGACACACUUUUCCAGUCGUACUCGGAAAAGCUCGAUCUCCUAGCAAAGGACUUCGGCGUGUUCCCGGGUGCGCAAGAUCCUCCGGUAAUAGACGUGCAGCCUCACAGACUGUUCCCGCUGCUUAACGCGAACGGCGAGGCUGAUGGGCUCCCAGCAAACCAAAAAGUUCCUCCUCAAAGCACAGAUGCUCCGACGGACUCCCCACCAGAGGCUUCGGGGGACUGUGCUUCGCCGGCUGCUUGCUCCUUCGCCAGGCAGCUAAGGCGGCUAAGCAGCGGAGGACCGAGCGAAGACGUCGCCGCGAGGUUAGCGCAGAGCGGCGACCACGCCCCGAGCCAACACCACGUGGAGAAGUCCGCCUCUAAGCCUAACAGGGUACUAACUAAUGGCGCUCGCACGACUCCCUCAACACAGCAGCAGCAGCAACAACAACAACAACAGCAGCAGCAGCAGCCCGUCAAAACGGAACACUCGUCUCCCAAGAGAGCGAUCGCGCCCGGCUCGAAACCACAGCGCAAACUCAGCUCCGGAACUGUUCCAGUUCCAGCGACAGUGGCUGUGACCUCGGCGCACAAGAUUCACAUGUCACCGUCGCGAGCAGCCGCCAGCCCGACGAACAGCGCUUGUGGCACUCUCACGGGCUGCUGCAGCCCGACCAGGAGCCGAGUGAGCGCCAAGAACGGCCGCGUUCCGACCGCCGCACCGGCGGCUGUGAUCACCAAGGCACCGUGCAGCAACGGCAAGCACUGCGAUCCGACAAGGCUCGCCAAGAAACCGCAGCACGGUAGCAAACAGCUGCCAGCGGCAGCCACCACGUCGACCGCCGCCGACGGUGGCGACCCCACCUGCGCAGCCAACAACCCGCUCUGCCGCAGCGUGUCGACUCCUACCACGCCCUGUAGCGCGACGGACUCGAAGGCGGCCAUCCAGCGGGCGGAGACGGUGGACUCGGGCGCACUGCCGUCCCCGUACGCCACGGUGACGCAGGCGAGGCCCACGAUACGCAAGUCGAGCAGCGGCCACGGCAGCAGCGACUCGAGCAGCUUCAAGGGCGUCAUGAAGACAGUGCAGGUGGUACAGUGCUCGGGCACGAGCAGCGGGUACGAGAGCAUUAUCCUGCGCGACAGCACUCCGGCCUCCAGCCAGGACUCCGGCAGCGAGCGAGGGAACAAGGAUGCGCGCGGCCGCAAGGGCUCCCGCAAGGCAGCGCAAGUGCAGGCGGAGGAGUCGGCGGCAGGAGCCGAUCGGCGCCGGGCCGAAGCCCACCCGAGAGCCCACCCGUGCGAAGGCGCCAGCACAUGCCUGGACUUGGCAGGCACGUGCAGCGCUGGCACCAGCAGCACGGGCACGAGCUGCGCGGAGGAGCUGCCGGGGGGCAGCCCGAAGACGAAGUGGGCUGUGCUGGCCUUUUGUGCUGCAGGCUUCUGGACUUCUACUAGGCGCCGCAGCGGCAGCAUAGGCAGAGGCAGGGGCAGCAGAGCCCCCUCGUAGCUGGACAAAGUGGCCUGUGUGUGUUCGCUGUGUGCGACUGUGCGCGGGAGACUCUUCGACCCGCAAUAACUUCGUGCUGACUGUGGCUUUCUUUCUCCCUUCUCGAAAGGCAGUGUUUUUACCACAGCAUGCAGACGAGUGUCAUGGUGCGCAUGGAAGAGAGCCUGCUUGGCAACUUUCGAUGACAAUAACAGAUAGCAUUAGCAUAGCCGAGACAUGGCAGCACAAUAAAUGUAAAUACAUGCACCGGAGUGUAUGCUAGCACGUAGAACGCGAGCAACCCCGCCGGUGGCGACAUCGGGUGGCAAUGUGAUCAGUCAGAACGCGUAAGCAUAGCCUCCGAUAAGGAAAGCGGCCGCCCGCCAUCAGACCUCGAGGAUAAUGGCGUUAGAAACACUACUUGCGUUACAUCAUCGGUUCGAAAAACAAAAAAUGAAAGUCACAUAUACCUCCUCGAAAAUAGCGCUGCUGCUGACGCCUUUACACCACCACAUAAGUAAACUAAGUACAAUGGAGUCAUUGCAAUAACGGUUUUCCGUGCUUCUUUUUAAACAUCGUGCCGUAAGAUGUCACCAGAAGCGUUGCUCCUCGCGUCUACAUCUUCGGGUCUGCGUCUACAAUGUGCUGUCAUUGUUAUUGAGUGAGAAACCGUUCGGAAGAGGCAUUGAGCAUUGAAGCUGUAUAUCUUCAGACAUCAAGCUGAGCACUGGUCUUUGCCCUCGCCCAAGACAGCCUUCACACAACCAGGAUGACGUUCACGUCACGUCACAGAGCGCGGUCGUUACUUCUGCUGGGUUUCGUAAAGCAACAAGUAAUUCUAUACAAGUUCGAGAGGAAUGCGUUUUGCGGAAAGACAUGAGUGAUUUAGCAUAGCGUUACCGUCUAACGUCGAGCGUAGGACAGAGUAUUAGCGAUGUUUGUCAUUAUUAUCGAAAUAAGCAGUUUGGUUUGGCGUUGUAAGGCCUAAGACAAGAUGCCGCUAUGCCUCGGAAGUGUUCUGGUUUCCACGUACCAGGUGGGCGCCGCGGAAUUCAGCGUUGAUUUGUGUAUGAUUAGUUACCUCUUGACCAGAGGACCGCCAUAUUUUGGCUCCGUGUUGCUUACUUUUGGACGCGUCGUCCUGGAAGACUUGCGGUCAGCUAAUAGCAAUUACCGAGAAUCCUGUAAACUCCUCACAUGAGCAGUCCUGUUAGGUGGUGACGGUAUGGCUGUACUACUAUGUUAAAACACUCGUGUUUCUCGUCAUGCUAGCAAUCCGAAACCACCGCACUGACGGCCUGUCCAAGGAAGCAACUCAUGACAGAACAAAGGUGCCUAAACCAAAACUACUAAAUAUCGAGAAAAAAAAUCGCCAGGAUGAACACAAUAGGACCUGAAAUGUCUGACUACAGUUCAAGCGAUAGGAUAGCAGCCAGUCGCGAAUGGUAUAUCAAGACGCUAAAACAAGUCAGUUUUAGCCGAGUCAUGGCAGCUAGUUUAUCCAUGGUCACAAUGCCAGGAUAGGUCCCGAAACUGCCAUGAUUCUUUCUUUUUCUUUUCUUUAGUGAUGACAAGACAGAGCUGGCACUAUUUCUGGAAUCAGCGUAACAUAUGGAGGUCUCUUGAGCCUGAAAUAUAUUUUAAUAGAAAUAACUGAAAAAAUUAUGUUUACGUUUACCAUUAGCCAAGAGCCCGCGUAAGACAAAUCGUUAUGUAGGGAAUUCUUUUCCUUAACUAAAAGACACUUCGAACAUGACGCAGGUGGUUAGAAAAAGUGUGAUAAAUACGAAACAUACCAAAUUUACUGGAACAUAGCGCUGCGCUUAACACAAAUUUACAGUAUUUUCCGUAAAGUGCAGAGGUUAUCUUUAAAUCAAGAUGCUUGCUUCUUGAAACACUCCCACGCUCGUGUAUUUAUUAAUUGGUUGCUACAGUUGUCUAUAUAUAAGGUUAAGUUUCUGGUCUUGUUCUUUUUUUUUUUUUGUCCAGCUGCGUCUGAAGGUUUAUUCUGUGUCGUCACAACAGAACAGUAUUGCUCACGCCAUCCCCUAAUAGUGGGUUUUCAUUACAAGCCACAGCUCAUUACAUACACUCCAUUACAUAAAAGCUAUAGCUCGGCAGAAGUAAAAGACACGAUUCUAUAAAAAAAAGCAAUUUCGUCUGUUCGCCAUCCACUUAAACAGGAGGUGCCAGGAGGUGCCAGACGCUGCGAGCACUCAAAAAGUGCGCUAACAGUACUUGUUGCUGUGCUGGAUGUUUCAUACUUGUUCCGGUGUGACAGGACGCGAAACAAUGUGAAGUAAGGCCAGACGCUCUUUACUGUCCUGGUCUUACUCCACAUCGCUUCGAGUCCUACUACAGCACAAAAAGUGAGGUAACUUUCUUCAUUAAUCCGACUUCAAGAAGUGGUCCAGGGCGCAUCGAUGUCCUCCUCGCAAGCUGCUCCGUAGGAGGUCCGGCGCGUAGCGUCACCUACAAUAUCAUCUCUCCUACUGGAAUCAGCAUCAGCACCAGCAGACGACAGACUUGGCCCGAGCGUCGUCUGCAAGAACCUGACACCUGCGGCAACGCAGUAAAGGGUUCACUUCCACACCCGUACCAUGAUCUCCAGAACGAGCCAAGCCAAGAAAAGCAACGUGCCACUUUUUCCACAGCCGACGUCGGAUAAAACGAACUCCGUCAGUGACGACCCGCGCGGACUGAUAUUGCUCGGAAAUGUGCACGCUUGUGUUCUGUAUACAGUUCGUCUGCCUACUAGUUUUGUACACCACGUGUGUUGUUCCAUAGCGUUCAGAACCAGUAAAGGUAAAACACAUCUCUUUGUACACACGCUUCUUCGAGUCCUCCCAGAGAAAAGAAGAAACCUUUUGGACACGCGUCGUCGAGCGUGUAAGCGUGGACUGUGCGCCAUCUUGCGCGAGGAGGAUCUUAAUAAUAUCAAAAACACAAACACAAGCGGGUGCGUGAUGAAUGUGUACCCCGCUCUGUUGUUCAUUUGUACGUGUUAUAUUAAAAAGUGUUAUUUUUA